AUGGAGAAGUCGGCUAGACCACGAACGGCUCUGAAUGAGUGUGUUAAGGUGGUUGUCCGAUGCCGACCUCUAUCCGAAAGGGAAAAGAACGAAAGUUAUGAAGAGGGGAAGAAACGAGUAAGACACGAAGAAAAGGCCUGGUACGAUCGUCUGUCGACAAAAGCUGUGAACAAAUUUGAUGGCAAAUUACAGGUUGUAAAAGUGUGGCCGGAACGUGGAGCAGUGCAAGUCGACAAUCCCAAAGGCCAGGACAAACUGUUCACCUACGAUGCAGCGUACGACUGCACAGCCGAUACAAAGACUAUUUACGAUGAAAUGGUCAGACCUCUCGUCGCGUCAGUUCUGGAUGGUUUCAACGGUUGCGUCUUCGCCUAUGGUCAAACUGGUACCGGCAAGACCCACACGAUGGAAGGAACUGGUGACGAUGAAGGCAUAAUACCACGAACGUUUAGACAUAUGUGGGCUCAUAUAGAGAACACUGCCAGUCCAGACGUGACCCAUCUAGUGUCGUGUUCAUAUGUCGAGUUGUAUCUGGAAGAUGUAAGAGAUCUGCUGGCCAAGGAUUGUAAGAAGCUCACCAUACGAGGGCAGGAACUUAACGGCUUCUACAUACCGGAGAUGACGUCAAUAGUUUGCAAAUCUGCUAAUGAAAUGGUGAGGCUGAUGAGAGCUGGGAACAGGAACAGAGCAUCUGGGAGGACCGAUAUGAAUGAGCACUCUUCUAGAAGUCACGCUGUGUUCCUGGUAACUGUGGAGACGGCGCAUCGCUCCACUGAUAGAAUACGUUGUCCACACCUUCAAUUUCCUUGGCUAAUCCAAGAAUUCUGUCUUUCAAUUCCAUCAAACCGCCUCUCCAGCGGUCUACCCCUUUUUCCGGGUGGACCAGUUCACACCGUUAUUUACAAACUAAUUGAACCAAAGCAGGAGGGGCCGCAUUCGCUAUAUCCGCCCCAAUCGUAA